UCUUGACCAACACGUUUGGAUACAUGAGAAAAAAAGUCUUAAACUAAACAGAGAUUUUGAGUUUUAAUCAGAGAAGGUUUCAUCUGCAGUUUCCUCUGCCAAGUCUGGAUAUCUGAAUCCGGCAUACACUUUGAGGAUUUAGUUUUUCUUUCUUUUUUUUUUAAGUGCAGUAUUUAUUUUGAUUUUUUUUUUUUUUCCCACACUUGGGAUUUAAACUGCGCCCAGUUGGUGUGGUCUCCCCCUCCUUUCUCAGAGAGGGUGUAAAGUAAAAGCUGGCCCGGAGAUGCAGUCCUCUCUCCCGCUUACUUUGUAUUGCAUCAGCCUGCUUUCCCUCCAGCAGCUGCAGGCGCUACCGGCUCAGGAGCGGCCCGGCACGAGCAGGCUGGAUCUCCUCAACAAGCUCAUCGACCAGAGAGAGGAUACAGCCUUGGCUUCAGGAGGCCAGACUAACAUCGCCGUCCCCUCCUCAGCACCAAGCCAAUCCCUAAAAUGGCUCUCCAGUUUGCUCAGACACCCCCCGGCCUCAGGAGUGAGAACAGCCUCUCCCAGCCUGGCAUGGGCAAAGCCCGCUGACGCUUCGCAGAUUGAGCGGAGUGCACCGAGAGCUCGUCGCCAUGCCCACUCAGGAUCGAGGGGGGGUCACCACUACCCCCAACAUGCCCAGCUGAUGAGAGUGGGUUGCGUAUUGGGAACCUGCCAAGUGCAGAACCUCAGUCACCGGCUCUAUCAGCUCAUUGGCCAGAAUGGCAGGGAAGACUCAUCCCCCAUCAACCCCAGGAGCCCCCAUAGUUAUGGAUGAGUUAGUUGACUCCUCCAAAUACCCCCAGCAAGUCUAUCUAUAUUUCCACUUAUUUAUCUUUUAAUGUAUUACUGAUAGUUGUUGCAUUAGAUUUUGAUGUAGACCAUAACUUUUGUUUAUCUAUCUCAUAGUGACAAUUAUACUCUGUUGUGCCUCUCUACUUUUUGUGCUGAGAAACGAAUUUGAGGAAAAGAAUUCAAAUUCAAGAUCAUAACCCCCUGUUUGAGUUCUCUCACCACCCUGAGAACACUUGCCUUUUGAAGGAUCGUCAGGCCUCUUCAGCGUCUUUCCUGAAUGCUCAAAAGAAGCCAAGAGGCCUCUGUUUGACACCUUAAUCCUGUUAAUGUAAGAAUGACGGCUUGUCUUCAACACCAUCCAAUGGCCUGGUCCUGUCUGCCAACUGACCUCCCCAGCGGUGGUUAUCCCUCGGCUCAUUGAUCAAACACUUAAGCCCCUAAUGUGGAUUUCAUCUUGCACUCAGUGCCAGAGCCCUGUCAAAACCAAUGUAUCCCCAAAGACCUUGUGAAAUGACCCAAUGAACCCUUUUACCUCUUUUUUUUGCCCCCCUUUUUGUCCUUCAUCACACCCCCAACUUUGGAACUCCCAGGUAAUAUUACACCUGCAUAGACAAUGUCAACAUGAACACUGACAUCCCAGGAACAGUCCAGUUUUCAGUUGAUACUGGGAAUUUAUACCACGUUGGUCCAAGAAUGUCACACAGCAGGACUUAAUGUUUCAGGACCACAGUUUACAUUUGAAACCCGCCAUGGUACUUGGGUUACAGAGUUUAAGAGCAGUCUGAGUCAGGAUCUAACCACAUAAACUCUGCUGAAAAAAGAAGAGGGUCACUACCCAGUGCAUUGAAAGGAAUCUACAGAGAAACUGAGUUCACAAAGGAUCAGUUUCAAUGUUGCAUUAUAGUGGCUGGUUGGCUGACUCAGUAGGUGGCAAAGUGAACCUUGGAGCCAUGGUUCAGUACUCCGUCGCACCACUGCAGGCAUUUUCCCUCCCUGGAGGCGAAGUAUGAAAUAUUAGCCCUUUCACGUGAUUCAUAAGUUCUCCCUGCAAGUCAGGACUUUGGGUUGACAGCAGUUUAAUAACUUGACCUAAUCACUUCAGUCUUAUGUACCGCCACAACAGGGGAUGGGGGGCCCUGAGCCUCCCAUGGUCUGCAAACUCAACAAAAAUACAUAAAUAUAAAGAGCAAGACAUGUGGCUGUAACACAUUUGGAGACAUGCAACCUUCAAGUUUGCAGAUAUUGAAGGGGUCAGUUUAACAAAAUUACAAUAAAACCUAUUUCCCAUAAUUUCACCUUAUGUUUUGCAGAUUUUACAGAGCAAGCUGACAUCUUAUUCUGGUAAUAGAUGUUACAGUUGACUUAAAAAUAAUAAAAUGCUAUGAGCACCAUGGAAAUUCCAUUAACUUUUAUUGUAUACAAUGUUCUCCAAUAAGUUGGGGGGGGAGGCUGAAAUCUAAAAAACAGAAAUCCCAAAACGGGUUUUAUUUUAUUGCCUCGGCAAAUAAAACCAAAACUAAGUUUGUAAUAAUACAUUCAGGGGUACCUGAGAAAUGUAAUUUGGGUGAACUCACUGUACUUCUUAGCCACAAAAAAAAGCCAGGGGCCAAUCAGGGGUUUUUGGAAAACCCCAUUUUCAAAUGAGAGAAAGACUUUCAAAUGCCUUUAUUUCCAUACCUUGCCCAGUUGGAAGGUAUAAUAGGGAUCUGGAAAUUUGCAAAUCCCUUAACAACAAGUGUAGUCUUUAAAUAAAACACAGUUGUCUACAUUACAGGGAUUUUGUAAUCAGAAUAAAUAACAAAACGACAACUACCACUUACAAUUCCCAUAGGCGGUACUUGACAACACCUUGUACUUUACACGAAAUUCCGUUCACAUGUUGUAUGUUAAAUGGGUUUAAAUUAGUCCUGAGGCCAAAAGCGCUACUGUUACAUUGUGGGUUUCCAAUGAGAGACCACAGGGACCAAAAUUAUAGGUGCAUGAAUGCCCAAUUUCAAAUAUGUACACAAAAAAAUAGAGUAGGAUCAAAAAUACAUGGCCUGACAUUUCCCUUUCUCUAUUUGUGUCUGUCUCUGAAAUGGUGGGUGGAUGUUACACCGAGAAUAACUGAGGUCAGGCUUUCCUCAUCAAGAAUCCUAAAAUUUGACUUAAACUGCAAAACAUUUCUAUAAAAUUCACAUUUCUGUAGAGAAACACAAUUACAAUACAUAUUAUUUACAUAGUUGUAAACAUCUAUUCCAAGCCUUUACUAUGUGGUAGUCUGAUCUUAACAUGCAGAGGGUUUUUAUUGUAGGAAUACAGGCCAAACUGUUGGCCGACUUUUGAUUUCACUUAGAUUAAAUUAAUAUUUUUUUUAAAUUAACUUUUUUCAAUCACACGAGUAUCUAUUUUAGGCUUUGUUGCUCUGUAUAUGAUAUCACAAACAUGAAAAUUGGUAUUCCUAAAAAAAUAGCAUUAGUUGAAACUCACCAAAUACCUGGCAAUACUUGACAAAUUGAGUGAUUUUACAGUAUGUGAUCUACAUCAUAUAAUAAUGUGUUCUUUUAUAUCUUAAUCUGUGUAUGCCUGAUUUUUUUCCUUGUGUCUUUUGCUUUAUUCUUUUUCAUCAACUGUUUCUUUUUAUAUUUAGUCUCUCUGCCCCAUCCUGCCUCUCACCUUGAGUUCACAGGGUAAUAAUCGGUGGUUCCUUAGUCUUAAGUCUAAUCUGUUCAAAGGCUUGCUGAGGUGAAACAUGCCAUUCUCUCUGCUGUAAUGGAGCUAAUCAAUGUCUCGUGACGGAUCAUUAAAAGGCUUUUCAAACGCUGAAAACCCUGGUGGAUCUCUCUACUUUUUAAAAAAUGUCCUAUUUCUUUUUGAGCUGCUUUAUCAGGACACUUAUCUCCUGUGUUUGAUCUGUGCUCUGGUCCAUUGUGCCCACAGUCUUCUUGCGCAGUAUGUUCUUGUGACGUCUGACAUUGCGUCACAUCGAGUUGUGUGAGUAAACUGUGCACGACCGCUAAUACCUCCCCAUACGUGUCAAGAAAAAACAUCCAGAGCUCUUGUCGCGCUCUAUUGCAAAGACACACAGGAAUGAGUGCAGAGUUGGUUUGUGAAAUGUUUUUGUUAGGUUUGUAAGAUACAGUAGAUCCUGGUAGAUCUCAGUAGGUUUGUAUUUACUGAUCACAUGAUCUCCUUUAGGGUCACAGGAAAGCACUUUAAUGCAAAAAACACGUGUCGAUAGUUUCUCACAACUUGAAUUUCACUCAUUGUAAUGAAAUUGUGAAAGAUGGAUGAGGUUACCCUUGUAAAUGUAUUUGAGAUUGUUUGUGAGUGUGUUUGAAGAUGUCAGUGCACUCCAUGUGGCGUCAGGAUGACUGUGAAAAUUGCGUGCAUCUGUGAAUAUAUAUAUAUAUAUAUCCCGCCAAAUUAUUUAAAGAAAGUUAUGUAUUUAAGUUAUCUUUGUAUGUUAAUACUUGUAUGUCACCAAAGACUAUUUAUCUCAUCUUUUCCACUGUUCCUGUCCUACACAAAAAAAGAAAAACAGUCUGAAAUGUAGUUAAAAUGUUACUGUUUGACGCUGUCCUUCACUCUGUAAAAUAAAGAACUAUACUGUA